GUCUUUGCUGUACAAAGUUUUACCGAUAGUACACAUUUUACCAGCAGUGCUCUCAAGAGAAUGCAUUUUCAUAUGCAGCAUCCUCAUUUAUGCAUUAAAAUGUCUAUAUUACAGAGUAAGGUCUUGGCAGCCCCUUUUCAGCCCGUGGGCUUUGCAGAAUGCUGGCUAGCUGAUCAAUUCAACAGUCUUAGCCCUCUGUUCCUUGGCUUGAGGGAUCUGCUGUGCUUCUAUACAUAUCAGAUCAACUGGAGAGAUAUGUGGUCUGACAGCCCUCUAUCCGCAGUGAGUCUGGACUGUGGAUUUUAUAGUAAGCCUGUAACCUGUCUGAUCCAGUGCUUUCCACCAUGGCUGAGAUUUGCACAAUGCCUGAGGUGCUUCUGGGACACUGGCCACACGCUACAUCUCCUGAAUGCAGGAAAAUACUUCACUGUGUUUCUUAUGGUCACCUUCGCCAGCCUCUACAACAUGGCCAGAGAGAGAUCUUCUCUGCUUGUGGAAGGGAGAAUAUACCUGUAUAUAUGGGCCAUGGCUACCUGUACAGGUGUUCUAGUCACAGUGAGCUGGGAUUUAAGGAUGGAUUGGGGAUUACUUCAGGGAAAUGGCCUGCUAAAAGACGAGCUGGUGUUCUCCCAACAGGGUAAAGGAGACGAAACUGCCUGUUGGGGGAACAGAUGCAGAGAUUCAUCUAUGCAUUUAAGAGAAAAAAUCUGUCUGUAUAACUUGAACAAAAUUUAGUUUUAAAUAUUUGAUAAUAUAGGUGUGCAAAUGAGAUGUUAGAUAAGAAAAUGAUAAUCCUGUUAACAAUAAUGAAUUCUGUAACUAUAUUGGUUCAUUUAGACCUUACUGAGACAUUUCACAUGCAUUGUAUUUUCUGCAAUAAAGUAAAACUAUUCUAA